GUGUGUGACUAGCCUCCUCCUGCCGCUGCUGUGUAUUGUAGAGCGGGUGUCAGGCGAGCGAUCUGUGCAGUGCAGCAGGACUACAAGUCCCAGCAUUCACAGGAUUACCAGUGCACCUGAGAGAGGAGGACAUCAGGACAGCAUUUAGAGGAAUCAUGCCUAGCUGUUUGGUGAACCAGUGCCUUAGCAAAACUGGAAAAAAGGGCCAGAAUGGGCAAGUCAUUUUGCACCCCUUUCCUAAGGAUAUCUCAAGGAUAAAAGUAUGGCUUCAACAGACCGGUCAGAUCUUCAAAGAUGUUAAUGCUUUGGCCCAGAAGUUAUUGGAGGGAAACAAACAGAACAAGUAUCGCCUGUGCUCGUGCCACUUUGCUCCAGAUUCCUAUAUCAUCAACUUUCAUGGAAGAUCUUUGAGAGUUAAUGCUGUACCUUCCAUUUUUCCAAUGGUCAAAGAAGGAGAAUGUAUUGUCAAAGAAAAUUUGAAGAAAGACCGUGUGAGAAAAAAGAAGAGACGCUUUGAUAUAGCCACUGACUGCCUCCAACAACCUCUCAUACAACCUCCAGCCACCUUCGUUGAUGGAAGAAUAAAAGUCGAAGAAGAAAUGCUUCAGGAUUUGGAACUGACAAGAAUUGGAUUUUGUAGCAUCGGAACGCAAACAGACUCUACGUUGUCAAAUUCAUUUUUUAUUUUCAAAGGAAACCAAGCAAUUGGAUGUGAUGUUCUGGAGAGAUCGUUCAUGCCUGGUUUUGUCUAUGAAAAACCUGAAAUCAUCUCCAGAAUUCAAAAAGGUCGAGACCUUUAUCAUACAGCAGAUGUGCAACCUAUCAAAGUAAAAGAAGAACCUUUUGACUAUACAGAGACUGGUGUGUCCACUAGAUAUUGGAAAGUGGAAAGUUCUGUAAGCGGCAAACAGGAACUUCUCUUACAAGUGCAGAUGUGCAAUGAAGCUGGGCAGCCGGACUAUCAUUCAGAAGACUCUACAUGACAAGACUUGGGAGACCUAAGUUGCUAUCAGAUCUUUAGUUCAGGCACUUGGUGGCCAGUCUAAAGGAAAGACGUGGAUUGGGUCAGGUGCCACUAAAUGAUCGCGGAGUGUAAAUCCCACCUGAGAAACACCACACAUGUACAGACUGUGGAGCAUGUUUUAAGACUUGUUCCUAUGUAUUAGUCGAGAGGCCAUAUUUCUGUGGUAAAUGUGGAAAAGGUUUCAUUGAUAGCUCCCAGCUUGGUGUACAUAGAAGGACCCACACCAGUGAGACGCCACAUGUGACUGUGGAUCACCUCAGAUUCACACUGGACAGCGGCCCUAUGUUUGCAUUUAAUGUGACCAAAGCUUCACAAAAAGGUCUGGUCUGCUAAAUCAAAAAAAUGCCUUCAGCCAGUGACGAAAAUCAUUUAUGGACAAGUCCACUUAUUUAUACACUAACAACCGCACAUACAGAGGUGACCCAAUUCUUGUAGGAACUGCAGCAAGACACAGCUCCAUGCUAGUGAAGCACGUCUGUAUUCACACAGGUGAAAAUUCUUUUGCAUGCGGAAAUUGUGGCAAAAGCAUUUUGGCUCUUGUGAAUCAUGAAAGAACUUACACUGGACAAAAGCUGAAAAGCCGUUUUGACUGUGGAAAGUGCAGUACUCAAGUGUCAGACCAUACACACAUGGAAACUGUGGAAAGAGUUUCACCUACAGCACCAUGCUGGUUUACCGUGAAAAGAUAUAUAUAUAUAU